UAUAUUUAAAAACACACGAUUAAUGCCAACUUAUAAUCUUUAUAUAAUAGAAUCCAACUAAAAUUCGGACUCUAAUAAGCCUUCAAAUAUCGAAUAUCAAUAACAUAUAUAAAAUUCUUUAAAAAAAUAAUAACAUAUAUAAAAUUCUCUCUACUUGAAAUUCCUUUAGGAAAUUUUCCAGAAAAAAAAAAGACCUGUAUUUAAAUAAGGAAUCUAUGUCCUACAUGGUAUAUAGAUAAAUUAGGCCAUUCUUGUUAAGAAUUAUAUUAUUAUUAUAUUUAUGGUAAUAUAAUUCUAUUAGGAUUAGAUAGUUCUAUGUUAUUAUUCUAUUUGGUAGCUAUAUAUAGUUCCUUUCUCCUAGUAUUUGUAAUAUCAAUACAAAGUUUGUCUCUUCGUUCGGAUCUCUGAUUCUCUUCCCAAUUCUCUCAGCAUCUGAAUUAAGUCUACACGAAACCUCGAAGAAUGGAAGGAAAGGGAGCCCAGUUUUCGUAUGUAUUUUGCGCAUCCGAGAAGAAAGAAUCGUCGUCGGAGGGUAUGGCGGCGUUGCUUUCCGUCUAUGGCGGCGACGGCGAAGAAAUGGAAGAUCCGUUGGACAAGUUUCUUACCCCACCUCCCAAGGCCAAAUGCUCGGAGGAAUUGCAAGAGAAGAUUAUCAAAUUUCUCGCGUUGAAAAGUACUACCGGGAGAAGAUUCAACGAAGAUGUUCGAAAAAGAAAGGAGUAUUGCAAUCCGGAUUUCAUGCGGAAUGUUGUAUUGUAUCAGAAUAUUGACGAGAUAGGAUCUAGCUUCGGGAAAAACGUGUUCGACCCGCGAGGAUACGACGAAUGUGACUUCUAUGAUGAAAUAGAAGCUGACAUGAGUCGGGAAACCGAAAGGAGGGAGCAAGAGAUGAAGAAAACUCCCAAGUUUGUUCUUGCAGCACCAAAAAUUAUAAGCAUGCCUACUCCAGGAUCGACAGGUUUCAGAGCUCGGGAUCGAAGACGGAACAAAAAGUCAAAGUGGGAUAUGGUGGAUGUUGACCAAAGGAAGUUUAUAUAGCUAUCGAAUAGAAACCAAACGCUAGGAUAACCUAAGAAACCCUAAUGACGGAUUUGUAAUUAUUUUAAUAUUAAUUAUUAGAAUUUUUUCAUCUUAUAUUUUCGAGUUUGUUUUUUUCUCUAAUGACCUUUAUAGCAAAUCAGAUUUGUAAAUCCUCUAGCAAAAUACUAAUCCAUUCGAAUAGUAUAUUUUGUUUACUCUUUCUCUUAUACACAUCUUCAUAUCUGAAUUUAAUUAAUACAAUUCAAUGCCCCAUAUAGGUCAACUGGUUUCGGAGGUGUUAAAUUGGUUUACGAAAUUACUCACAGGCA